UCAAAUCGGACUUUUUUUCCUAUAUGGACAGAGCUCAGGUUACUGACAUUGACAAGGUUGUUCUGGUUUCCGGCGUCUCUAAUACUGAGACAGGGUUUUUAGCCGUAGACCAAAUAAACAGAUAGAUUAGAAUAUAAUUCGCGAGGAACUGGAGCUGAAAGCCUCCCUCAAAUCCAUCCUUAGAUCCCUAGUUGGUGGAACUUCACAUCGAUUUGAGACGCAACCGGUAAUGAGUGCCUUGGACGGUGAAAUGGACAUGUGGGAAGUUUGUCCCUAAUGUCCUGAAUUCGGGUUAUGAGAAACCUCUCAUAAUGAUCAGGAUGCUUUAACCUAAUCGAUAGGAGAUAAUAUUUUAACGCAUUAACAUCACUGCACUAGAUUUACAAUCAUUCAAGGGCUAGCUAGUUUAGCUAAGCAUUCAAUUUGGCGUGGAAAUGGAGUAACGCAAAUUUCACGUGGACCGUCUGUCAUCUGGAAACUGCUGCGUGUGUAGACGAUCACAGGGAUCACACGGGACCGGCGCAAAGUCCGUGGAGGAAACACUAGGAGCAAAAAACCUCCAGUGACCGCUGACAUUGUUGUCGGAUUGUGCCAAAGAGAUGCGUUUGCUUGAGUGCUGAUCCACACACAGCAUGGCGACUGAAGCUUCCGUCUCCUCCGCUGGUCGGUCUCCGAUUGCAGGAGGAAACACUGUGCAAAGGGACUACUACUACUUCCUCCGCUCCUUCGUAGCAGGAGGUGUAGCAGGAUGCUGUGCCAAGACCACUAUUGCACCUCUGGACAGAGUGAAAAUUUUACUUCAAGCUCAUAAUCCUCAUUACAAACACUUAGGAGUGUUUGCUACACUCAGGGCUGUACCAAAAAAAGAGGGCUUCCUUGGGCUCUACAAAGGAAACGGUGCCAUGAUGGUCAGGAUCUUUCCAUACGGAGCCAUUCAAUUCAUGGCCUUUGACAACUAUAAAAAGUUCCUCAGUACACGGCUUGGAAUAUCUGGGCAUGUUCAUCGGUUAAUGGCUGGGUCUAUGGCAGGAAUGACUGCAGUCAUUUGUACGUAUCCUCUUGAUGUUGUUCGUGCUCGCCUGGCGUUUCAGGUGACUGGAGAGCAUCGCUACACUGGCAUAGGAAACGCCUUCCAGACCAUCUACCUGAAGGAGGGCGGCAUUCCUGGGUUCUACCGUGGUUUAAUUCCAACCAUCAUUGGCAUGGCUCCCUAUGCAGGAUUUUCUUUUUUUACAUUCGGAACACUGAAGAGUCUGGGACUGGCUCAUUUCCCAGACCUCUUGGGAAAGCCAUCACUCGAUAACCCUGAGGUCCUGGUUCUGAAGACGCACAUUAACCUGCUAUGUGGAGGUGUAGCCGGCGCCAUCGCUCAGACCAUAUCAUAUCCUCUGGAUGUUGCCCGGAGAAGAAUGCAGCUGGGAGCGGCGUUACCUGAUGCUGAUAAACACCUCUCCCUUUCAAAGACCCUUAAGCAUGUGUAUAAUCAGUACGGGAUUAAAAAGGGACUGUACCGUGGCCUGUCUCUCAACUACAUCCGCUGUGUACCGUCUCAAGCUGUUGCCUUCACCACUUACGAGUUUAUGAAGCAAGUCCUGCACUUGAACUAGAGCAGGGAUCUUGACUUCCACACCAGGAACAAAUUUGCCACACAGCUCCUGGGAGUGGUGUAGGAGCACUGCUCAUCAUGUUCACGUGUCUAUCAGGGGAACACUACUCAACACAGAUCACUGGAAACUAUCUGCUAACAUCACAGUGGUUGCACUGAACAAUCCGCCUUAACCCUCCCUUCGUUAUUGUAUUAUUGUCAAAAUAAUAUAUGUCUGUAUGUGAAAGCUGUAAUACACCAUGAGCAUGACUAAAACGGAAUUGUGAUUGUCUUGUCAAUAUAGAGUUAGUACUCGCUUUCAUUUUUCAUGAGGAGACACUGCUUUAAAUAGGGGCAUACACUCACUGUCCACUUUAUUAGGAACACCUCGAAACCUGCUCAUUAGUGAAGUUAUCUAAUCAGCCGAUCAGCAGCACAGUGUAUAUGAUCAUGUAGAUACAGGUCAAGAGCUUCGGUGAAUGGGGCAUGGCUGUUGGUGCCAGAUCAGCUAGUUUGAGCGUUUUGUAAAUCCGCUGGGAUUCUCGCACACAACGGUUUGGUUUGUGUGAAAUUUGCAGCCGUUUCCGAAAUACAGCAUUCAGCAAAAACAUUCAGCAUCAGUGCCACAGAUAGUCACAGAGAUCAUGGUUUUUUUUUUUCUUCAUUCUGAUGUUUGACACGAACAUCAACCAAAGCUGUUGACUUUGCCACAUGACAACUGCAUGCAUGUGCAUGUGUUCCUAUUAAAAUAGACAGUGUGUGUAUUUUUUUUUUUCUGUAUUCCCACCAUGCACCCCAAAUAAAUGCUGUAGAACUUGAUAUGGAUUUACUCGUAGCAUUUCUUCUUGGUCCAGAUGAUUUCUUUAGACGAUUGAGAGCUUCUUAAUAGUAGAUUCUCCCUCUGUAUUAAAGCACACUCUGUGAGAAAUUGAGAUUGCAUAUCAUUGAGGCUUGUUUUUUAUUUUUUUAUUUUUUUAAAUUUAUGUUAAAAGUUGCUUUCCUUUACAGAGGUAGUGAACACAGCAAACGGUUCAGUGUCAUCUUCCUGUUCAAUGCUUUUUUUUGUGCUUCCACUUGAUGGCAGUCUUAAGCUGAAACAUCGGUUGAACUUCUAAUGAUGUGGGCACUAUUCAGUUCAUCUUUUAUCAUCACAACAAUUUGAAUUUAUUAUUAUUUUUUUAAUGAAUAUUUUGUUUUUACGUGAUAAACACGCCUUUAUCUUCAGGUGCUGCUCUGUCCUAUGGAAAGAAAGAUAAAAAUGGAUUUUUUAAUCCUGGUUUAAAAAAUAAAGUUUAUCUAGGUUGCACCGCUUGUAUAUACAGAGUUAAUUGAACAUCUGCUGUUAAUAUGCUUAUAUUUAUUGUUUGUUUUACAUUUUUUUUCUGUCUGAUUUCUUUUUUUUUUUUUUCUAUUAGACAUCCUUGAAUGAAAUCAUUAUAAUGUGCUCAGAAGAAUUGCUCUGAGGAAUGUUUGUCUUGUUAAUGUUGGGAGAUGGACAGAAUGUUUAAUGCUAUUAUUCAUGUGAUCAUGAGGGAAUUUACCCGUAUAAGAUUUAAAGAAAAAAAUAUGUAAAAAAAAAAAUCAUAUUAAAAAUUUCAAAUUUUUAUGUAAUCUUAACUGGUACAAAACUACUGGUUAUUGAAAAGUAUUGAACAAAAUGAUGUUGUAUGCAGUGGCUAUAUUAAGUGUACAUUUCUAUUUCUGCAAAACUCCAUUCGUUUUGGAUAUGGUCUGUGUGUCAGUAUAUCAAUAAAAUGUUCCCUUAACUGUAACAAA